UCUACCUCCCUCUAAAUGCAUGCACCCAUCUCAAUCCACCUCUUCUCCUUCCAUUUCUAACACCCUCUGAUUCAAAUAUCUCACCAAAUGUACUCCGGGAUUCACUCCAUUCCCUUGGAAGGAACUGGUAUCGCCCAUGCCGACUUCCCUCGUCACUUGCCCACCACCAACUUGGUCGGAGAUCCAUGUUUGGUGUUGACAACAGAUCCGAAGCCUCGACUCCGGUGGACGGCGGAGCUCCAUGAGAGAUUUGUCGAUGCCGUUACUCAGCUUGGUGGCCCCGAUAAAGCUACACCAAAGAUGAUCAUGAGAACAAUGGGCGUAAAAGGCCUCACUCUCUAUCAUCUGAAGUCGCAUCUUCAGAAAUACCGCAUGGGGAAGCAAUCAUGCAAAGAAUUCAUGGAGAACUCUAAAGACGCAUCUUGCAUUGCUGAGAGUCAGGACAUGAGUUCAUCCACAUCAUCUUCUACAAGAAUGAUGGCACAAGAUUUAAACGAUGGGUUUGAGGUUACAGAAGCUUUGCGAGUGCAGAUGGAAGUCCAACGAAGAUUGCACGAUCAGCUAGAGGUUCAGCAUCGCCUCCAACUUCGGAUCGAAGCACAAGGAAAGUAUCUUCAAUCAAUCUUGGAAAAAGCUUGUAAAGCCCUAAACGAUCAGGCAAUCACGACUGCUGGACUAGAGGCGGCUAGGGAAGAGUUGUCCGAGCUUGCAAUCAAGGUAGCCAACGACUGCCCGCUAUCUGUCACUCCAACCCCUUCACUCACCCAAAUUGCAACACAUGUUGAAAACGAGCACCCUCCUAAUUCGACUGCACGACUUAUGGACCACUCCAUCGAUAGCUGCUUGACGUCCACCGCCCCGCCAGUGGGGCUGAGUUCUCAGGCUGCUGCUUUGAAGAAGAGACAAAGGGCCAUGUUCACACAAGCCGAAUGGAUGGCGGCAAACAUCGGAUAACUAGUUUUCGUGUUUUUGUGUAGACAUUUUCUUGGAUGUUAGGGGAUAUAACUAGUUUUCUUGUUUUUGUGUAGACAUUUUCUUAUUUUCCAGCGGAUGUUAGGGAAAAGAAAAGGAUGGAUUAUGUGAAAUUAGGGAUUAUUUUGAAUCGAUCUGUAUUUCGGA